CCUUGCAGAAACGUCUCACGUUGUUUUGGCGCCGAACGUUUCAAUCGCAUUUCUGCGCGGGUAAUGUCCUUUUGUUGUUAGCUAAACACGAACUUUAAUUGUAGUGUAUAACCAGUAAUUUACCACAUCAGAAAACUACAAGAAAGCAUGCAGCGAAGCAUAUCAUCUUUCUUUCAGCCCAAAACGGGCAAAGAGAAGGAGAGCAAAAAAUGUGAUGGCCCGGUGAAAGACAAGCCGGUGAAAGACAAGCCAGAACCAGUCAAAAGGCCUCUCAAAGUUCAGAAUGGGGUCCAUAAAGAGCCUGAUUCGCCAGUAAAGAAGUUCACUAAACGCAGUCGUCAGAUCUUGGACAGUGAUGAUGAUGAUGAGGCUCAGGCUCCAGCCGGAAUAGAACAGGAGCAAGAGGACAAGGCUGUGCAACCCAAGGAUGAAGUAUUCAAGGCUGUUACCACCCCCCUGUCCCCCGCAUCUCCAGUGACCCCAGCAGCAUCCGCCACUCCAGUGACCCCAUCCGCCACUCCAGUGACCCCAGCCGCCUCCCCCACCCCUGGAACCCCAGACACCCCCACUUCCAUCUCACCCUCCGGAAUACCCAAACGCCGCACCGCACGGAAGCAGUUCCCCAAGAGAAAGCUGGACAGCAGGAGUGGCAGUGAAAAGGAAGAGGAAGAACAAGGACCGCAGAAUAAAAGAGCAAAGGUUGAGGAGACACAGGACAGCACCGAGAAUGAAGAGGAAACGAUGGAUGUGGGAGGAGAGAACAGUGUGGAUAAGCCUGAGGUGGCGCAGAACAACCCAGAGGAGAAAGAGACAGAUGAAGAGAAGACCAAAGAUGGAGAGAAGGAGAAAGCACUUGAUGUGAAAGAGACUGCGACUGAGAAGGCUGAGGAGGAAAAAGGAAAAAGUGAAAAGGCUAAAGAGAGAAGUCCUAAGGGUCAAAAAGUUAAAGAGAGAAGUCCUAAAGAGAGAAGUCCUAAGGGUCAAAAGGUUAAAGAGAGAAGUCCUAAAGAGAGAAGUCCUAAGAGUCAAAAGGUUAAAGAGAGAAGUCCUAAAGAGAGAAGUCCUAAGGGUCAAAAGGUUAAAGAGAGAAGUCCUAAAGAGAGAAGUCCUAAGGGUCAAAAGGUUAAAGAGAGAAGUCCUAAAGAGAGAAGUCCUAAGGGUCAAAAGGUGGUAAAGGAUGACAAAGAAAAAGGAAGUCCUAAAAAUGAAAGGAAGGCAGUGAAGGAGGGGAAAGACUUGAAAGAAGAGAAAGUGUCAGAAUGCCCCCAAGCCACAAAAGCCCCCACCAUCAGCAGUUUCUUUGCUCCCAGGAAGGCUGCUGUAAAGAUGGAGAGACCAGAGAAGAGCGAGGGAGACGGAAAGGAGAAGAGCGGGGAGUGUAUAAAGGAAGAGGCGACGGUGUCCCGUACCACGGAGGAUGUUAAAGACAAGAAAGGAGAGAAGACUGCCCAGGCCCAGUAUGACCCGUCCAGACCCAACUACCACCCAGUAGACCACGCCUGCUGGAGGCAGGGAGAGAGGGUCCCGUAUUUGGCUGUUGCACGCACCUUUGAAAAGAUUGAGGAAGAUUCUGGCAGAUUGAGGAACAUUGAAACAUUAUCAAAUCUCCUACGCUCUGUUAUCGUCCUCUCUCCAGAGGACCUGCUGUGCUGCGUCUACCUGUGUCUCAAUCAGCUGGGUCCUGCUUACAUGGGGCUGGAGCUGGGAGUGGGAGAAACUGUUCUUAUGAAGGCUGUCGCACAAGCUACUGGGCGACAGUUGGACAAAAUCAAGGCGGAGGCUGCGGAGAAGGGAGACUUGGGUUUGGUGGCUGAGAGUUCCCGUAACAACCAGAGAAUUAUGUUCCAGCCAGCCAAUCUGAUUGCGGGGGGUGUGUUCAACAAACUGAAAGACAUCGGGAACAUGAGUGGGAAUUCUGCCAUGAAUAAGAAGAUUGACAUCAUCAAAGGUCUCUUUGUAGCAUGUCGUUUCUCUGAAGCCAGAUACAUUGUCAGGUCGCUGGCAGGGAAGCUGAGGAUUGGCUUGGCUGAACAGAGUGUACUGUCUGCCCUGAGUCAGGCCGUGUGUCUGACUCCUCCAGGACAAGACUUCCCUCCGGCGGUGAUUGACGCGGGGAAAGGAAUGAGUGCAGAAAAACAGAAAGCUUGGAUAGAAGAGAAGAGCCUUAUCCUCAAACAGACUUACUGUGAGAUGCCAAACUAUGAUGUCAUCAUCCCAGUCAUUCUGAAGGAGGGGAUUGACCAACUCCCCAACCACUGCAAACUCACUCCAGGUGUACCGUUGAGGCCCAUGCUGGCUCACCCCACCAAAGGUGUAGGAGAGGUGAUGAAGAGAUUUGAUGAAGCCGCCUUCACCUGCGAGUACAAGUAUGAUGGAGAACGAGCACAGAUCCAUAUCUUGGAGAACGGGGAAGUGCGUAUUUUCAGUCGCAACCAGGAGGAUAAUACCACCAAAUAUCCUGACAUCAUCUCUCGCAUUCCUACGGUAAAGAAUGAGUCUGUGGUAUCCUGUGUGUUGGACUCUGAGGCAGUAGCUUGGGACAGAGAGAAGAAACAGAUCCAACCAUUCCAGGUUCUCACCACACGGAAGAGAAAGGAUGUGGCUGCAGCUGAUAUCAAGGUCCAAGUGUGUGUGUACGCCUUCGACCUGCUUUAUCUCAAUGGAGAGUCUCUAGUGAAGCAGUCCUUGUCAUGUCGCAGGGCUCUGUUGAAGGAGAGCUUCCAGGAGAAGGAGGGAGAGUUUGUGUUCGCCCGUGCCAUCGACUCAGACAACACAGACGCCAUCGCUGAGUUCCUGGAGCAAUCGGUUCGAGACUCCUGUGAGGGACUCAUGGUGAAGACUCUGGAGAAAGAUGCCACCUAUGAAAUCGCCAAGCGCUCUCACAACUGGCUCAAGCUGAAGAAGGAUUAUCUGGAUGGCGUGGGGGACACGAUUGAUCUGUGUGUGAUCGGAGCGUAUCUGGGGAAGGGGAAGAGAACAGGGACCUAUGGAGGCUUUCUGCUCGCCUGCUACGAUGAGGACAAUGAAGAGUUCCAGUCAGUCUGCAAGAUUGGGACAGGUUUCAAGGAUGAAGAUUUGGAGCAACAUUACAAAUUCUUAAAGGAGCAUAUUUUGCCAAAGCCCCGCCCCUAUUACCGUGUGGACCAAUCAACUGAGCCCGACUUGUGGCUCGAUGCCGUGCAAGUAUGGGAAGUGAAGUGUGCCGACCUAUCGCUGUCGCCGAUCUACAAGGCUGGCAUGGGAUUGUGUGACCCAGAGAAGGGCAUUUCUCUUCGGUUCCCACGCUUCCUGAGGAUCAGAGAUGAUAAAAAGCCAGAGGAGGCCACUUCAGGAGGACAGAUUGCUGAUUUAUACAGGAAGCAGCAGGUUGUUCAGAAUCAGGGCGACAAAGCUGACCUUGAGGACUACUACUGACCUCUGACCUGAUCAGCUGACCGUCCAGUCGCCAAUGACUCGGGUGAAAUCUCAAUGUGUACAUAAUUAUACUUUUUUAAAUGAUGAACCUGAAUAAGGCUCUGCCAAUGCAAAAAUGAAAGCGAAGACCCUGUGAACAGCUGUGUUUCUAGAUAUAGGCUCUGCCAAUGUUAUGACGUUCAACGUUUUGUUGUUGAGCCUAAGGCUUUUUUGGGGGGGGAUUGUAUACACAGCAGUAUAAAGUACAGUUGUCAAUGACUCAUAAAUCAUCAUAAAGUAUGUGAAUAAAGGCUUUUGCCAAUUUUAUAAUA